UUUUCUGAAUGUUGGUGUUUUUAUCUGUGUAUUCUGCGUUCACGCAAUAUAUUUGUACUCACGUGGGCUGUCAGAUGUAAAUACUUUUUAUCGCACACAAUGGGUCUAAAAAUUAAAAUACUUCAGAAUGUGAUCGAUAGGUUGGCCGGCAUGGAGAGGAAGUGCCGCGGCUGCCUGUUCGGGACGGUGUGCGACGACAGCCUGCUGGUCCUGGCCCUCCACGUGGACGACAGGCAGCUGUCGACGGGCCCCGAGGGCAAGGCCGGCAGCGCCGCCGACGGGAUGAGCAGCGUCGCCGACGAAGCGAGCGACGACACGGACAGCGACGAGGCCGGCGGGGAGGAGCUGGACGACGGCCGCUGCGGCGGCAGCCUGCGCCUGUCGCUCCCGGCGGAGGUCGACCUGUGCGGCUUCUUCGCCUUCGACGAGGCCCUGGACGAGCGCGGCAUGGCCGCCCUCUUCGCAGACUUCAAGGACGUGGAGGUGACGGACAACGCCCUCUUGCUGAGCCGCUCCGCGGACGACGCGCGCGUGGCGUGCCGCUGCCUGGUGAGCGAGCAGCUGGUUGAGCGGCCGUACGCGGCGGUGGGCCCCGCUGAGGUGCGCGACAGGCUCGCGCUGGUGCGCGUGCGCGACCGGGUCAAGGUCACCUGCGGGGUCGACCGCGACUCCGUCCUGGACGCGCUGGACGACUACUGCAGGAAGGUUUCUAAUGGUUUUGUUGCCUUCAAGUUUGCUGGACACCCUGAUUUCUUGUCUUCGCAUGAAGGUUGGUUCAAUGACGACACUUGCGAAGAUUUGCUCAAGUAUCAGAAUGGCACGAAAAAACAAGAGGACUCAAAAGAUCAAAUGGUGAUUUUAAACUCGGAACUGUUCAUGAAAGCAACAAGGCAAGCAGGUGAUGAUGACUCGACCAAAAAACCUCUGAGGCUUGAAAUUUGUCACAGGUUCUCGAGGUACGCGGAGCUGGCGCUGCAGGUGGACGCCCUGGCGCUGGUCCCGCGCGCGCACGGCGCGGGCCGCCUGUACGGCGCGCUCCUGGCCGCGCUCGGCCGGCAGCUGCAGCUGGUGAGGCGCUGCGUCCGCGAACAGCUGCCUGCUGACGGGGAGCUGACAGCGGAGUUCGUGCCCGAGACUUUCCACUUCCUUCCCGGGCCGUGCGGCCACUUCCUCACGGCCGUGUACGCGCGCUGCCGCUCGGCCGACCAGCUGCUGCACAUCCGGAGGCAGCUGCACGAGGAGCUGGGCCUGCCCUUGGACCGGCCCUUCUUCACGCGGACGUGCGCCCACGUGUUCCCGGGCGAUGCCCCCCAGGACACGCGCCUCGUCUGCCCGCACGCCCGCAUACCCACGUCGGGACUGAAGAACGGGGACCUGGCGCUGGUGCAGGGCCGGUACAGCUACUACCACUACCUGCAGGACGGCGUGGACGACGACGGCUGGGGCUGCGCCUACCGCUCCCUGCAGACCAUCGUGUCGUGGUUCAGGUGGCAGGGCUACACGGAGAGCGCCGUGCCGUCGCUGCGCGGCAUCCAGCAGUGCCUGGUGGACAUGGGCGACAAGCCGCCCUCCUUCGCGGGCUCGCGCAGCUGGAUCGGCUCCCUGGAGGUUGGCUUCGUGCUGGAGUCCUUGCUGGGCGUGACGUCCCGCAUCCUGCGCGCCGACUCGGGCGGGGAGGUGGGCGCGCUCGCCUGCGACCUGGCCGCGCACUUCCGCUCCCAGGGCACGCCCGUCAUGAUCGGCGGCGGGGAGCUGGCGCACACGAUCCUGGGCGUCGACCGCGACGCUUCGACCGGCGAGGUCAGGUUCCUGGUGCUCGACCCGCACUACACGGGCCGGGACAGCAUCGACCAGGUGCUGGCCAAGGGCUGGUGCGGCUGGAAGGGCGCCAACUUUUGGAAGAAGACCGUCUUCUACAACAUGUGUCUGCCGCGUAGGCCCAGCACAGUGUAGACCCUUAAAGUGUGCGAUAUCCGUCAACUGUUUCUAGCUCGCCUGGAAAAACUUUAAAACUGCAGCACCUGCAGAGCUGUGACGUCAACCACAGGGGGACGCACGUAGUCAAAGUGGAACAGAACACAGUGCACGAACAUACAGUAAUAAAAGAACCCAGCCGCAGGGUAAGCCUCGCACCUCCGACUGCUGCGACACGAUACAACACAAACCAUCAAGUCCUCCCAGGGAGCCGUGAUGAGCGAUCAGCGGGCGCCGAUGUCGACCGCCGCCAGUCAGGAGGCGGUGUGGUUGAUGUCCGGCUCACUCCACUUCUCCCGCUUGAAGUUGUCGUCCAGGAAGCCAGGCACCUGGGAACACCACCAGCCCCGCCGUGAAGCCCGGGCACAUUGGGCGACCUAGUCGACACGAGGGGUCAUUAGAGACGAGAUGAGAUGAGGGAAUGAAGUACCCUGAGAUUACCGACUGGCUCGUUGCAACGUCUGCCACACGUCCCAGGGGUCGAACCUUGACCACCUUGGUGGUCGGCCACUCGUCAACGUUAAAGAUUUAAAAAAUAUUGGUUCAGAGAGGCUUGGGCUAUAUUUGAUGUACUUUCCCGACUUUCUCUCAAAUUAUAACCACCAUGGAAUUGUAACUGGUCAAUUAUUUAGUGUUACAAAUGUCAUAGUUCAAUUAUCUUGCUAUAAAUGGUUAAAAACAAAUUUUUGUGAAUAUGCUGUAUCAUACAUGUUUUAAUUUUUAUUAGUUUCUUAUCAUGAGGAAGUAGCAAUAUUAGUUCUACUAUUUAAACCAUUUGUAACAAGUGAGAGAAAUAUGAAGUUUGUAUCACUAUAUUUUACUUAUUGAUCAUCUGAUAUUUAAUUCAUACUUAAUAGGAAAAACUGAAAUAUGUGAUCUUGGUUUGGACAGAUUUUGUCAAACUUAUUUUAUAUCUUUUUAAUGUUAAAAAUUUAGGCUCUGUGUGGUCAUAGGCCACAUUUAAUAAAAUGCCUUGUUAUCAAUAGAGAUGGACUGCUACAAACCAUUUCUCCUGUGAAAUAACAACUGGUAGAUAUAUACAACUGUAAUAACUAUUUUAUGGUCUUAGAAUAAUGAAAAACUAACACUUAUUAUAAUUAUAAAACUUAUACGAAAUAAUAAUUUUCAUGUCAACAA